CUAGCCGCGUCCCCGCGUCCCAGAUGAUAACCAGCAGCGCCGCAUCCAGCGCCGUGUUCCGCCGCCAAGCCCCUUCCUCCUCCUCCGCCGCCGCCGCCGUCGCCAUCCCUUCUUCCAUCUGAUCCGAUCCCGAUCGACCUUCCUCUCCUAGGGUCCAGGGUUUUAGGGACGUACGUACGUCGGCAUGGGGCAGCCCCCGGGCCGGCCGCAGAGGAAGCGGCGUGCAGGACACACGGCGGCCGUCGCCUCCCGUCCGUCGCCGGCGGGCGCCUUGGAGGAGGAAGUGUUAGGGGGCGGGAAUGAGGCCACUCAGAAGCGCGUCAGGACGGUGCAGCCACCGCCGCUUCAGCUUCCAUUGCAGGACAUGUUUGUCGAUAUAAUUAAUGAACCUCUCCCACUGGGUCUACGAUUGAAAAAGAGCCCAUCUUUUGCAGAUCUUAUUGGGAGACGUCUUUCAAAAGAAAACUCUACCAAGGACCGUUCUACCAUGAAAAAUAUUGUUUCCAAGCCCCCCUUAAGGAAAGAUGUCAAAUCUGGGGCUCUACUAAAAGCUUCAAAUUUUGCUGCAAACUUUCUUAAAAUUGGUAAUUGGGAGUACACAUCGCAGUAUGAAGGUGAUUUGGUUGCAAAAUGCUACUAUGCAAAGCAUAAGCUUGUCUGGGAAGUUUUGAACGAUGGUCUUAAGAGUAAGAUAGAGCUGCAGUGGUUACAUAUUACUGCUAUAAAGGCAACUUGCCCUGAGGAGGGAGACGGCACCUUGGAUCUGUUGGUUAGUUCUUGCGAUUUUUUCUAUUGUUUGUUUGCGUACCUAUCAAUUAUUAUUGCCUCAACCGAGUUUCCAUUCUUUUUUAAGUUGUCUCGGCCACCCAUUUUCUUUGAAGAGACCGAUCCUCAACCAAGAAAACAUACAUUAUGGCAGAUCGCACCAGAUUUCACUUCUGGACAAGCAAGCAUGCACAGGAGGCAUACUUUGCGUUGCUCUUCAAGUUUGUUGAGCAAAUUUUUUGAAAAGCUUAUUCAGUGUGAUGAGCGACUAAAUGAGCUGAGCCGACAACCAAUUACCAUAUCUGAUUCUCCAUUUAUUGGGACCCUAAGCUCUAUAUUUGGAAAUCCAAAUGAAAGUGACGGCCCUUCAUCCAUGUUCGCACAUCAUGUGUCACCAUGGGAUGCUUGUUCAGUGAUCCAAAGGAAUGGGGUGAAGCAUCAUCAGCCAUUGAACUUAGGUGCUGCCGCUUCAGAUGUCCAAGCAAAAAUUGUUGCUCAAGAACAAAAGAACCUCAGUUUGUGUAAUCAUGCCAGCCCUGCCGUGCCAAAAGAGUUUCUGGAGAUUGCUGAGAGCCUUUUAAGCGAUACACAUGGCCCGCCAUCCGCGGAUGAGAAGUAUCUGAUGGCGAGAGUGGACUCGCUUUGCAAUUUGAUUGAGAAAGGUACGGCGCCAUCCACCGUAUCCGUUCCUGAGCGCAAUGAUACCAUUGUUGCAGGAGAAGUAGGUUAUGAUGCCUUUGACGAGGAGCUCAGAUUUUGUUUCGAAGACGAAGAACAACGGGCACCUGCUGGGAGAACUGUGGAUGGUGGCACAGGACCGUCUGCCAUCGCUAGAAAGGAUUCCUUGGAGUUUGCGGAUAUGUUGGAGAACCUCCCGCGCAUACCAUCUAUGUCAGAGUUUUUGUUCGACAUAGCAGAGGGUUAAGAGAACUCCGGUUAGCACUCCGGAUUUGGAAAUGUUCAAUCAUGAGGAACUUUGGCUUCCUUUUUAGACUUGUUUUGGUCCCCUGUCUGUAAACUUACAUGACUCUCAUUUGGUAACAACUGAAAUUUGCGCAACCCCAUUUCGCUGUUCUUACUGCAUUUCUCUCAUAGUACUUUUUCCGUUGGUAUGUGGCGGCAUCUCCCAACAAGCCGAUACCAAGGCUAUUGCAA